CCAGAGCAGACAAGAGCUAAGAGACAGUUUGCAAUCCAUGAUGGUGGCGGCUGGAUGUACAGUAAAGCUAUAAAGACAGUUGCAGCUCUGAGAGAUAUAAGGAAGAGACAGUUCCAGUUGUAAGAGUGAAGCAGAGACAGCUAAAAGACAGCAGACAGCCCCAAUGACACAGCUGUAAAAGACACUCUAGGGACUGGGACAGUCUCACAAGUGAAAUAGACUUCCAGAUCUUGUAUGCAGAAAGCAGAGACAGCUUGAGCUCAUAGGGACAGAGGGCAAAGACAGUGCCAUAGCUCUGAGAGACAGUCCCAGACUGGGAAUAGCCCCAAGUGUCUCAAGCAGAAGAGACAAACCCAGAGCCCCGAUCUGUUAUACACAAUAAGCAGAGACACAAGGCUAAGCCCAUAGUUCUGGUGCUACUUAUGUAAGAGAGACUCGGAAAAAAGAGACAGUCCAAGCAACAGUGAGAGACAGAGGACAUGAGGGAGAGGAGGGAGUAUAUUCACAUGCUGUAAAGCGAUGCUGAAACGCAGCACUGAGGUUACACGAGGAGCUACCGCCAUCUAGUGAUCACAUGUUAUUACUGCAGCAUUUUACAGCGGGCUGCCUUUGUUGGAACAUGUAAAUCCACUCACAAAGAGGAAUUCAUUUAUUUUCGGUGUGUGUGGUCAUGAAGACAAAAGGAGACUUAUCAAGGAGAGAAGCAUCUGGAGUCUUGAGCUGGGACACUUUCUGCCACCAUCUGUGAGAGCAAUCAGCUUCCACCUCACAAACUCUUCCAUAAACCUGCAGGCAAUCAGCUUUUAAAGCAUACCAAAUAUUUCAGAGAUUUCCCUUUGGUAAUGGAUUUGUCCCCCAGAUAAGAGACGUUUGGACUUGUUAAAAGAGAUAAAGCAUUGACUGAACCAUGGAUCUUCUGCAGCCCUCCAAUAGACUGGUGCGGUUAUACAGAGAGUACCAGAACAAUGAAGUCAUCUCUCUGCACUAUAACUUCACCGGGAAGCUCAACACCAGUAGGUACAAGGGUGGACUAAAGGCCGAGGCAGUAUUCUUUUUGGUAGUUUGUGUCUUCAUUGUCUUGGAGAACCUCAUCGUGCUCUUGGCCCUCUGGCGCAACAAGAAAUUUCAUUCCCCCAUGUUUUAUCUCCUGGGGAACCUGACGCUGUCGGACCUUCUGGCUGGUGUGGCAUACAUGGUCAACAUUCUGAUGUCUGGUGCCAACACGUUGCGCCUUACUCCUGCCUUGUGGUUUGUUAGGGAGGGAGGCGUCUUUAUCACAUUAACUGCCUCAAUAUUUAGCCUUCUGGCGAUUGCGAUAGAACGUCACAUUACUAUGGUUCGGAUGAAACACUACAGCGGGGACAAGAAGGGUCGCAUGGCCUUGCUCAUUGCAGCGGCUUGGCUUGUCUCAAUCCUAUUAGGGGUGUUGCCAAUACUGGGUUGGAACUGCAUCAGCAACCUCCAGUCUUGCUCAACCAUUCUACCUUUGUACUCAAAGAACUAUCUUCUAGUCUGCAUAAGCAUCUUCCUGGCCAUUCUCAUAUCCAUCGUGGUGCUCUAUCUCCGAAUAUACAGAAUUGUCAAGGUCAACAGCCAGCGCCUUGGCACCCUCCGUAAGGGGACCCUGAAAAAGUCCCAAAAGUACAUGGCCCUGCUGAAAACUGUCACCAUUGUUGUGGGAACUUUUAUUAUGUGCUGGCUUCCUCUCUUUGUUCUUUUUCUGUUUGACGUAUCAUGUGAGGUCAAUGCCUGCUCUAUUCUCUUAAAGGCAGACUACUUCCUUGGCCUGGCCAUGAUCAACUCUUUCCUGAACCCAAUUAUCUACACGCUCACCAGCCGUGAUAUCAGGAGGGCGAUCCUUAAACUGGUUUUCUGUCUAUGCCUAUCAUCUGAUGAAGGAGAGGGCAGCCGCAGGCUUUGGUUCCUUCCAGUAAUAGAGGGAAGCACAAGCAAAUCUGAGAAGUCUUCCCACAAACAUGAAGCUCUAGAAACCACUGUAUCAUCGGGAAAUGGGACCCCCACCCCAGUGAAGUAUCUUAUGCCCAAAAAUUUGGAUUACUGAGCCCAUUUGGAUUUUAAAACUUGAUGUGAAGGACACACAGAAGGUGGAAGUGUAGUGGAGAAUUGCACAGCAUGAAGGAUGGUUGAUAUACCUAGAACGUUACAUAAUGAAGGAUGAAGAUAUACCUAGAACUUGAACCUUUAUUGCAAAGGUAGAGCUUGAGGCAUGGUAUACAGUAAAUACCUGGAACUUUAUAGCAAAAGGUGAUUCCUAGAAAGUGCGUGCUGGUUACAUAGUGGAAAGACUAAUGUUCCUAUAACGAUAGAGCUUUAAAAUGUGCUCAGGUAUUGAGAACAACAGUCUCCAUAGAGUACCCAAUGAGGGAAGUCAGGGUCUUUAGAAUGAUGUAGGUUUCAUAAAUCAAUCAUAAAAGAGAGAGAUCCUUAGAACUUUCAGAAUGCAGUAGGGUAAAAUGCCCCAAAACUUACUAUAGCCCCAUUGGAAUAUCAGCCUGAGGGUGUGUGAAGCAGUAGCAGCUCUUUAGGAUGGUUUUAACCUUAAAGUGAUUUAGCACAGAGUGUUAGUGAGACACAAGUGUAUAUUUUGUAUAUAUUAUUUGUAUAUAAAACACUGAGUGGAUUGUUACAUAUGACUGGGACUGAUGUGUUCAUUAUGCUCUAUGCAAAUAUUAUCAUAUGGUUUUUAUCCUACAUCCUACACAAUAGCUGCUACUUAUAGAUGGCGGGGAAACAAUUUCAUUGCUUCCAAUUGGGUCUGUUAGUCUUAUUUGUUGCAUCUAAAGAACAACUGAGAAGCCCUGAUGGCUGUAGGUUAAGAAUCAGAAAAUGCCAAAACCACAAUGCAAACACAACAUGUGUAAAUAAUUAUGUAUAUAUGAAUAUAUUCAAUGUAAAUAAAUAAAUGGAUAUGUUGUUGGAUGAA